UCCGCAGACCAUUCCAAACAAAGCCGAGACCAGCGGAAAGGCGUUGGACUCGCGAGGAGAGGCAGGGCACCAGCGCCGAGCACAGAGAGAGCGCCCAGAAACCCUAGCUCCGCCGCCGCCGCCGCCUCGCGAUGUCUUGCACGGUGGCCAUCCCGAGCUCGCCGGUGUUCUCGCCCUCUCGCCGCCAGCUCUCCUGCAAGGCCGCGUCGGCCUCGCCGGAGCCAGCCGUCGCCGUCUCCACCUCCUCGCCGGCGCCCGCGCCCGCCGCCGCCGCCGGCUCACCGCUCCGUCCCUUCGCGCUCCGCGCGCUGCUCCGGGAGGAGAUCUCCCCGUCUUCGUCGCCCCAGCCGGCAUCCGCCGCCUCGGUGGCCUCUGCACUGGCCGGGCCAGUCCUGAAGAGGCGGCGACCGGCGCCGCUCGUGGUACCGCCGACUGGCACCGCGGCGGCCGCGGUGGCCGCGGUGGAGGUGGAUCCGAGGAACGAGGUCGAGGAGGAAGGGGAGGAGUUCGCGGCGUACUGCCGUAGGGGAAAGGGACGAAGAAGGGUGGAAAUGGAGGACCGGCAUGUGGCCAAAGUCGCGCUCGGCGGAGAUCCCCAAGUGGCGUUGUUUGGUGUAUUCGAUGGUCACGGGGGGAAGAACGCGGCCGAGUUCGCUGCUGAGAACAUGCCCAAGUUCAUGGCUGAGGAGUUGAAGAAGGUAAAUGGCGGAGAGAUUGAAGGGGCGGUGAAGAGGGGCUACCUUAAGACGGACGAGGAGUUCCUCAAGAGGGAUGAGAGCGGGGGCGCGUGCUGCGUCACGGCUGUGCUUCAAAAGGGCGGCCUCUUCGUGUCCAAUGCCGGAGACUGUCGUGCGGUGCUCAGCCGAGCGGGGAAGGCAGAGGCGCUCACCUCCGACCACCGGGCCUCCCGGGAGGAUGAGAAGGAGAGAAUUGAGAAUUUGGGUGGAUUCGUGGUAAAUUAUCGUGGAACAUGGCGAGUUCAGGGCUCCUUGGCAGUUUCAAGAGGCAUUGGGGAUGCACACCUGAAGCAGUGGAUCGUGGCUGACCCCGACACCAGGACCCUCCUGGUUGACCAGCAGUGCGAGUUCUUGAUACUUGCUUCUGAUGGCCUCUGGGAUAAGAUUGAUAAUCAGGAGGCAGUGGACCUUGCACGGCCUCUCUGCAUCAAUAAUGACAAGCCCUCUCGUAUGGCUGCCUGCAGGAUGCUCACUGAGACAUCGAUUUCCAGGGGCUCAACUGACGACAUCAGCGUUGUAAUCAUACAGUUGCAGAAAUUUACAAGUUCUUAACUUAUUUCUGGGAGAAACUGGAUUUAGAUUCUAGCCAAGUAGCCAGUAGUGCUAACAGACUGGUGGUGGGGAGCAGGCAGGAUAGGUUGACAUCACUUAUGUUACGUUGCAGGCUAAAGUUUUCAUGAGCUUGCACUACUUUGUGGGGAUUUUAACAUUCAUUCUUUGGCGUAGAACAAUUCUUUUUUUUAGAACCAUUCUUUAUGUACUUAGAUCUAUUUGAUUCAUUCUUUGACAGUACCAUAAUAAUGCGGAUGAUUCCUCGCUCCAUACUGUAAAAAGGCAAUUUGCCUAUGUACAAUGUUACAUUCUAUUCAUUGAUUAAAACUUAUCCUGUUUUCUCA